GAAUGGUCCCAUAAAUAGGCUGUCGCAAAAGGACUGCUGCUGCUGAGUUUGUAAAGACACGUAUUUAUUUAUUUAUUUAGCGUAUAAAAUUGAUCCAAGUAGGAACUAUGAUUAUCAUUAUUAUUUAGGAGUAGUAUAUAAAGAGAGUGAGUGUUGAAGAGAUAUUGAGAGAUUAUUAUUUAGUCAAAAACAGCAGAGCAAAAGCUGAAAUAGGAAAUUGGAAAUUGGGAAAAAGAGAAAUGGCAGAAGAAGAAGUUCCAAAAGAGAGAUAUCUUGAUCAGACAGCAACAUGGGCAGUUGCUGGUGUCUGUGCCGUUAUUAUUAUCCUCUCUAUUAUCUUGGAGAAGGUCCUCCACAAAGUUGGAACUUGGUUAACAGAGAGGCAUAAGAAAGCUCUUUACGAGGCACUGGAAAAGGUUAAAGCAGAGUUGAUGGUACUGGGAUUCAUAUCACUACUACUAGUGUUCAGUCAGUAUUACAUUGCUGAAAUAUGCAUACCUCUCAAAAUAGCCGACACUAUGUUGCCCUGCCCUGCUAAAAUCAAAGACGAUGCUAAGGGAACUGAUAAUCGUCGUAGACUUUUGUCUUAUGAACGCCGUUUUUUGGCUGGCCAAAAGAAGAAUCCUUGCAAAGCCGGGACUGUACCAAUUAUUACAGUGACUGGACUGCAUCAGAUACAUAUUCUAAUAUUCUUCUUAGCAUGUUUCCACGUCUUUUACAGUGCUGUUACUAUGGCUCUUGGUAGACUUAAGAUUCGUGGAUGGAAACAAUGGGAGCAGGAGACUUUGUCACACGACUAUGAGUUUACAAAUGAUCCUUCAAGAUUCAGGCUUACUCACGAGACAUCUUUUGUGAGGGCCCACACUAGUUUCUGGACACGCAUUCCGUUGUUCUUUUACAUUGGAUGCUUUUUUCGACAAUUUUUUAGGUCCGUCAGCAGAUCUGAUUAUUUGACCCUGCGCAAUGGUUUCAUUGCUGUUCAUUUGGCCCCGGGAAGCAAGUUUAACUUCCAACAAUACAUCAAAAGAUCACUAGAAGACGACUAUAAGACUGUUGUGGGAAUAAGCCCACUUCUUUGGGCAUCAUUUGUGGUGUUCUUGCUCAUAAAUGUUGACGGGUGGAAAGCGCUGUUUUGGGCAUCCCUUAUUCCUUUAAUUAUAAUAUUAGCUGUCGGCACAAAGCUACAAGCGAUAUUGACGAAGAUGGCCGUCGAGAUAACGGAGAGACAUGCAGUGGUACAAGGCAUACCUCUUGUCCAAGGCUCCAAUAAAUAUUUCUGGUUUGGCCGUCCUGAGCUCAUGCUCAGUCUUAUACACUUUGCUUUAUUUCAGAAUGCCUUCCAAGUAACAUAUUUCCUGUGGAUUUGGUAUGAAUAUGGUGUUAAAUCUUGUUUCCACAACGACUUUGGACUUACAAUUGCAAAAAUUGGUUUAGGGGUGGCAGUCCUAUUCUUAUGCAGCUACAUUACGCUACCGCUGUAUGCUCUAAUUGCUCAGGUACCAUUAGAGCUUUAUAUUUAUUCGUCUGUGUUGUACAUUACACUAACCCCAUUUAUAAUGUAUGUACAUUGUGUGUAAAUUUCUUCUUCUUAACGGUACAAGUAUUUAGUUAAUCA